AUGGUUCAUGGUUCAGCCUGCAACUGGCUGAUGUUUCUGUUCCUGCUCCUUGCUCCUGCUUGUCUAUCCAGCAGCCCCUUGUGGCAGCUGCUGCCUCUACGUGCUGUUCAUCAGGAGCGACGCUUUUUUGGCAUCUUGCGUACUGGCAAACGAAAGGUCGACGACGACAACAUCAGCGGCAACAUCAACGAAAACGACAACGAGAACGACAUUGUCGACAACAUUGGUAACAACAUUGAGGAGGCUAACAACAACCACGUUAACGUUGGAGGUCAACAACAUCCACCCAUUUAUAGACGAAAUGCAGACGCUGUGGACACAAUUGCCGCGGGCUAUGAAGAUGCCAGCACUAUAGAAUUACGGGCCCAGGAAAACGAUUACGUCAUUGAUGCCCAUAUUCCCAUUGCCGAGGACACACACUGUCGAGUACGUUCGCCGCCGCCGUUCUAUUGCCCAUUGCCAUUGACACCGCCUCCCAGUUACACUGAGAGGCCACAAGCAGGGCCACAACCGCUGGCUGAACGCCGUGUGCCAGACAAUGCUGGCCACGCCAAUAGAAACGCUGAAGCAGAGACAGCAGCAGCACGUCAACAGGCCAGACGUCGCCGCCGACUUAGAGAAUUGCAACAGGAGCAACAUCGUCAUCAUCAACAACAUCAUCGAUUUGCCUCAAGCACUGAUAGCAGCUCCGGUUCUAGUUCAAGUACUUCUAGCAGCGACUGUGAGCUUCUAGGCACUGGCACUAGUCCAAUUAGACGUCAGCAACGUCGACGACAUAGCAGUUCGCGUGAUCUUAGGGAUGCCUAUUGCCCGGAUCUUUUGCAUGCGUGCGCUUUGAUUCUACAUCAGCAACCCAUAACCAGUGACAGUUCAGUGGGCAAUUUUACGGCCACACCGCCGCCGACUCUGUCACGUUUGCAGAGCCAUGGCGAUGGCGAUGGCCUAGAUACCAGUUCGGAUUAUGUGGAAAUUGAUGAAUUGCUGCCUCUAGUCGCUGCUGUGCGAGCCAAGAGCACACCGCAUCUGCAGCAUGCUGUAGGCCUGGACGAGGCGAAUUUAGCUAUGGGUCAGAAUCUCAGCCUGCGACGGCCGCGUAUCUCCUUAACCUGGGUGCUGCGGGAGCAGCAGCAACAGCAACAACAAACGCAGCAGCAGCAACAGCAGACGCCAAACCAAACAGAUACCAAUGAGGGGACACCAUCAACGGCUGACAACACAACGAACGCAACGCCAACAGCAAGUGGGGACAAGAAGGAAUCAUUAUCUAUUACCACCCAGCAGAGAACAGAGCCUGUGCCCACACAAUUGGAUGUGUCCAAGAAGAGAUAUCGUGUCAAACAGCUGCCGGGUGGGACAGAGCCACUCAAUGGUUAUGCCACCACGCCCACUGCCCAUCAGGCGCCAACAAAUGGCCAUUUGGCCAAUCAGAAAUUCUUUAGCAAUCAAAAUUUACUGGACUACAAAGAUAAGACGGUCCUCAGUCAUCGUACAUCAGGAGCAGGAGGAGGAGGAGGAGGUGGUCCGGUGGCCGCCGCAUCCACCAAAGAGUUACUAUUCGUGUGCACACCCCAGCGAGCACCGAAAAGCGAUGCCCACAGCGAGGCCCUUCUCUUGGCCCGCAAACGCAAUGAAAUACGCAAAAAGUUGGCCAGCCGUUUGCAGCAGGCUCGCAGCCAGAUAUCAUCAUCAUCCACGGCUCAGCCUGGCUCAGUGGCAGGAGCUGGCAGUGGUGAGAGUUCGAAAGUCGAACAGAAUCUAAAGUGCACCUACUCGGAACCGAGUCUAGUGGCUGCCUCAGAGGUAGGAGCAAAUGGUGUCCAGCAGCAGCAGCAGCGACGACAUCGUCAUCGCAAGCGAAGGGAACGAAAUCGGGGGCAACGCUUUGGCUAUGAAAUACACAAUGUAGAGGAGUUCCUUUCACGCUGCUCCUUGGGGGCUCCUGGCAAUAUUCCCGUUGUCCUGGCGACCGCAAGUACACUCUAUCAAACACGUCCGGGUGGCUAUCAGCUGGAGAUUCCUCUGCCCCUGGGCAUGGUAGUAAAUGCUGUGUUCAAGAACCAAAAUUGGCUGUAUGUGCAGACUCCCCAUGCUGAGGAGGGCUAUGUGGGCUAUGCCUGCUGCCUGCCACUGGGUAUACUCCCACCAGCUGGACGUGGGUCCAGCUCUAGACAUACUCCCUGCUGGGAGUCCAAUGCCGAUGUUUUUCCGCGUCCAUGUGGCAAUAUGACCGAUUCGGAGAAGGAAAUACGUCUACGUGGCGGCACUCGAUCCGAUGGAGCACGUACUCCCCGUAAUUCCAAAACUGUCGAGGAGUUGAUGCCACUUAGUCUCAACAACAAUAGCAGCAACAAUAACAUCAAUCACAACAAUAACAAUAAUCAUGUGACCAAAGCGGGCGGCAGCUCAGCAAGCUCUCUCUACGGAGAGCAACAUGUGGAUAAACUCUAUCUACGUGCCGCCUCACAACCCAAAUUGGUUGAGAAGGCCUAUGCCCAGUUGCGUUCCACCAAACAGGUGGGUGGCCUGGCCUCAGGAUCCGCCUCGGUCAGAAGCGGAGCCUCCAAUGAUGAGUAUGUCACCCUCCAGCAACAGCAGCAGCAGCAACAGCAGAGAUCAACACAAAAGAAGCAUCUGCAUCAGUCAUCACAGCUAACAACAACGGCAACACGACGUCUGUCCAAUGUCUCGUAUAUAACCAAUGGCCAUAAUGGCCAGCAUUUGCAUCCAAAGACAAUGCCACCGCAGCAGCAACAAUCCUCAGUGGCAUCAGCAGGCUCCGUGUUGAGCGUGCUGCGCAGGCAACAGCAACAACAUAAUGGUCUGCGUCAAACUCUAGUCGCCAUCAAUUCGGACUACAUCACCGAGAGCAUUGCCGUGCAUAAGGGUGAAAUUGUAACGCUCUGCGAGUGCCGCGAGUCCAAGGAUCAACGGCAAUGGUUCUAUGUAAAGACACGCGAUGGACGCGAGGGCUUUAUACCGGCCGAGGUGGCCGGUCAUGGUUACCUUUAAAUAGUUAACCAAUCAAUCAACAACCAGUCAACUUAUCCUCUCUACAAUGUAAUAACAGUUAGCAAUGUAACCAUCUCUCAUCAUACACACACACACACAUCUUACAUAUACAUAUUAGAUAGAUGUCCAUACAUAGCUCGACAUUCCUUUUUUUUUAUUAUUAUUAAUUAAUUAUUAUUGCGCUCUUUCAGUACGCUUCUAGUUGUAAACUGUAUUCGUAUCUGUAUCUGAAUGUGUAGAUGUAUGUAUCUGUAACCCAAAUCGAAUGGGUAAUGUAUUUAUUUAGCAUUAACGAGUAGCCUAUAUAAUAGAAAACUUGCUAAA